AGAUAAUAAUGGCCAAAAUAAUUUAGUAUUUUGGUCCUCCUCGCCAGGGAGGGCGGUAUUGAUGUGGCCGGCAGCAGCGGUUGUGUGUCUCAGCGAGGGGAGUGGCGGAGUCGUGGAUCUGUAGUGUCGCCUGGCCGGCGUGAGGGCGGUAGCUGUGUAGCUAACUAGCUAGGUAGAUGGUGUUGCUGCUGCGGUACACGGAACAGAGAUCUGAGAGCGGAAUAGUUGAUAUUCAGAAAGCUUGUUAGCAGUACAGCCUGUGAGCUACCACCAUGGCUCUGUACGAAUAUGUCACUCAGGAACAACUGUCCGGCUUCGACAAGUACAAGUACAGCGCGGUGGACUCCAACCCCUUGUCUGUCUACAUCAUGCACCCGUUCUGGAACUCAGUAGUGAAGGUGAUGCCCAGAUGGUUAGCUCCCAACCUCAUCACGUUCACUGGCUUCAUGUUCCUGGUCUUCAACUUCCUCAUGCUCGCUUUCUACGACUAUCACUUCGACGCAUCUGCGGAAGGACACACACACGUGCCAAGCUGGGUUUGGGUUGCGGCGGGACUCUUCAACUUCCUGGCGUAUACCCUGGAUGGUGUGGAUGGUAAGCAGGCGAGGCGUACCAACUCCUCCACUCCACUGGGGGAGCUGUUCGACCACGGCCUGGAUAGCUGGGCAUGCGUGUUCUUCGUGGCAACAGUCUACUCCAUAUUUGGGCGUGGGGAGAGCGGUGUGGGCGUGGUCACGUUGUACUACAUUCUGUGGGUGGUGCUGUUCUCCUUCAUUCUGUCACACUGGGAGAAAUACAACACCGGAAUUCUGUUUCUGCCCUGGGGCUAUGACAUCAGCCAAGUGACCAUCUCUAUAAUCUACAUUGUCACGGCGGUGGUUGGUGUGGAAACUUGGUACGAGCCCAUCUGGUGGAACUUCCAUUACAGAGACCUCUUCACUUUCAUGAUCCUCGGUUGUUCCUUCACUGUGACGCUUCCCAUGAGCCUCUACAACGUCUUCAAAGCAUCGCGUAAUAACUCUCUGAAACACAGCAGUAUUUACGAGGCCUUUCUCCCCUUCCUGUCUCCCGUACUCCUGUUUCUCCUGUCCACCGUCUGGGUGAUAUUCUCCCCGUCAGACAUUCUUCAGCAGCAGCCCCGUGUCUUCUACCUUAUGGUGGGAACGGCCUUCGCCAACCUCACUUGUAAACUAAUUGUGUGUCAGAUGAGUAAUACUCGUUGCCAACCACUGAGCUGGUUGUUGGUUCCUAUGGCGACAGUGGUGUUGUUGGCGGUUACCGGCCUGGUCACUAACGAGACACUGUUGAUCUACGCGUGGACAGCUAUUGUCAUCCUCACACACGUACACUAUGGAGUGUCAGUGGUCCACCAGCUCAGCAGUCACUUCAACAUCUUUGCCUUCUCCCUGAAGAAGCCCAGUGCCGACUGACAGGAAGAGGAGCGAAUCGGCUUGACGGCAGCGGAGGUUUAGACCCUCCCACCUCCAUCUGAAGCCAACCGACACUUCACUCUCAUCACCACCUCCCUCCCUCCCCCACCAAACCACACACACACCCCCCACUAGCCCCCCUCCUGGACAGUGUCAGUUUGGGGGGGGGGUGGUCCUCAGGACUUGAGAGGCCAAACCCCGGGCUCUGGGUUCCGUGGCUGUUGAUAGGUUGAGCCGAUGAGCCAAUGAGAUGUUGUUUCCUACGGAAAUGUUCUUCAGCCGACAGGACAGGUUCCCAGACCCCGUCCCCACAUGCGCACACACACACACACACACACACACACACACACACAGCUUACAGACACAUCACACUUGACACUUUACUCUUGAACGGUUUAAACACACAACAACACACUCACCCACAUGUAUACUCUUAUGAAUGUACAGGAUGUUAUUGCCUUGGGGAAAUGAUGUCUCGGUUAGUUUGACAGACUGCCCCACUCCUGACCUCUCAACCCUGCAGUCUGCCCGUCAGUCGCCGCGUGCCCAUUUUAUCCAGGGUAUGGAAGGCGGAGUCUAAGCUAGGAUCUGGUAUUUGAUUUGAACGACUGAGAGUCUUUAUAUGGGAACUUUAUUAUUAUUAUUAUUAUUGGGCUUUUUAUUUAGAAAGAAAUUUGAAGAAAUUGAUGGUUAAUGUAAUGGUUAUCUGACCCUUGGUGAUGAUGGUUACCCGUGUUGACUGUGAGGCUGGAUCUGGCCAAUCAGGGCACUUUGGGAGAGGGACAGAGGGUGAAAACACCCAAUCACGGACCUCGCUCAACGUGGGCUCCAGAAUGACCCCUGACCUGUGAACAAUAGUGACCCCUGACCUCUGCAGCCAGAACUAUGACCUCCAGACUCUUCCCACCUCUGAGGUGUCGUCGUGGCAACAGGCCGAUUCGCAGUCAAGUUUUUAAUUUUUUUUUAUUUGCUCUGUGUUCCUUCAUCUCUGAUAGCUGGGGAUGUGUGUUUGUGUGUGUGAGCCUGCGUGCGUUUGCUACCAAUGAAUGAAGAGUGCGUCUGAAAGCCGUCAGUGGAUUAGGCGUACUCUGAGGGUAUUGGCGGCCACAGGAGAAACCAUGACGACCACGACCACACCCCCAACAACUGUCUGUUAGUCUACCACCUGGUGUACACCUGUCUCUGUCUGUCUGUCUUAUGGCGUCCUAAAUGACACCCUAUUUUUCAUCAUAAUGUGCACUCUUAAGGAGUCUAGGUAGUAGAAGUGCACUACAUGGGGAAUAGGGCACCUAUUGUUUGUUUAACACUGGUUCAAUUAGUUCAGAUGUCAUUUAGACCAAAGGAGGUAUCCUGAUUGGCCUUUAGUGACAUCACAACAAUGACGCCAUAGAUAUGUUAACUGGAGGUGUGUGCGCGUGUGUGUGUGUGAGUGUGUGCGUGUGCUUGUUUGUGAGUGUGUACAUGUACAUUUGUUUGGAUGUUAAAUUAAUGUCUGUAUAAAUAUAUCAUUAUUUUCUUUUGUUUUUUUUUAAGUAAAACUUUAAAUAAUGGAGAUGUGAAUCUGGAACUCCUCUGAACGGGACCAGGUUGGGACGAGAUCAUGUGAACUGGCCUUGUUUCCAUGAUAGGGCGCUACCAAUGAUGUGAACUCUGUCAGCCAUGUGUCUUUGGCCUAAAGUAGUCCUCCUUGUAAAGAUACCGGCCCAAUGUCUCGGUACUGGUUAUCCUCUAUGUAGAGAAACUGGCCCAGUGUCUCUGUACCGGUUAUCCUCUAUGUAGAGAUACCGGGCCAGUGUCUCGGUACCGGUUAUCCUCCCUCACUGGAGACAGAUGGGUCCAAGUGCCCUGGAUCAAUCUGCUCGGAGUCUGUCUGUAGAGUUCUUUAUUGUAAUAGAAGCCUCUGAGUCUGUCAUAGGAUGUGGUUACUAAACACAUUGAUAAUGAUUUUGUGUUGAAUGUGUAAAAAAGCAAAACAAAGGCCUGUUUAAAUUAAUAAAGUUGAUUUUUGUUGAUCCAUUCUA